CUUGCCGGAGCGGUUGUUUCGUGUGCGUGUGCCGCGUGUUGUAUCGCGGGUGAUUGUGCGAGAGCGCUUCGUCGUCUUUUGAUUCGGAAGGAGAUCAUCGCCUCGGAGUCACUUCGACGACGGAUUAUUCCUCCCCCGCGCAAGAGAAAAACCCGGAUUUUGACUCCCCCGCUGGUGUGAUCCGUGCUGAAAACUCCCCCUUUUUUUUUUGUCAAUGACUCCGAGAGAGUUGUGGUACCAACGUGGCCCGACGUCGACGUCCUCGCGUUUGUGGCAUCGGCGCUCCCAUCAGUGAAAACAGGCUGUUGCUUUCGACACCGGUGCUUCCGCGAACACAUCCACGCCGCCCGGAUUUUGGUGAUCGGUUGAUUGAUUUUUUUCGGUGGUGCCACGUGCUAUAGCCGCCAACAGUUGGAUUCGUCGUCGGUCGUCGCCGCUGAUGUGUUGGUUAUCCUCUGCUGAUUGAUUUCCACGUGCGGCCGCCCGGACACCCCGCCGGCGAGCUCCCGGCUGCGACUAUGCUAGUCGUCGGAGAGGCCGGACAAACUCUCUGGGCGAUGGAUAAAUUCGACCUGUCCUUGAGCAUGCAGGAUCCAGGCCAAGAGGGCAGCGGGACAGCGUCGUACCUGGACCAGACGUUUCACACGCCCAGCUUCGGCGACGAGGAGUUCGAGAUCCCGCCCAUCAACCUGCAAAACAUGGGAGGUCCCACGGCUGCCGACGAGGCGGCCACGGCUGAAGCCGUCUACGCCUCGCAGCAGCUGGGCUCGAUGGUGCAGCAGGCAGCCAUGGGCCAGGCGAUGGGGCAGGGUGGCAUGAUGGAGGCACCCAUGGCCUACCCCGGACCCCAGGGGCCCCCUCCCCCGGACAUGUACCACCAGCAGAUGAGCAUGCCGCCUCCGCCCCAGCCUAUGCACAUGCAGAGCGUGUCCCCCUACGAGACGGCCGGGGGUCCUUACGGGGGUCAGUACCCGUCCCAGGCGGCCCAGAGUCGACUCAUGGGGCCCCCCAGCAUGAUCCCGGGUGCCCCCUCCAAUGGGAUUCGGACAAACUCCAACGGGUCCGGUUCCCCUCCAGGGUCGAACCACACGUCCCCUGGUCAGGAGACCACGAGCGAGGACAGCGACGACAGCACGCCACUCUCGCAGUUGGUGGGUGGCGUCAAGAGGCCCUCUCCAGAGCCGCUAAUGGACAACGGCAUUGGCGGCAAUGGCAAGGCGGUCAAGAAGCCUAAGGUUCCCAAGAAGAAGAAGAAGCGUGAUCCAAAUGAACCUCAGAAGCCGGUGUCGGCGUACGCGCUGUUCUUCCGAGACACCCAGGCGGCCAUCAAGGGCCAGAACCCCAACGCGAGCUUCGGUGAGGUCUCCAAGAUUGUGGCCUCGAUGUGGGACGGUCUUGAGGCAGACCACAAGAAUGUCUACAAGAAGAAGACGGAAGCGGCCAAGAAGGAUUACCUCAAGGCACUUGCGGCCUACAGGGCUAGCCUUGUUUCGAGGGCGGCUGCGGAGCACUCGGACACUCUGUACGGGGCAUCGCCCGUGACGGCCGGGUCACCGCCGCAGGGGAGCCUCUCGCCCCUGCAGAAGAAGAGCCCCCUGCUCACCUCUCUCAUGGAGGGCGGCUCGCCGCACCACCACCCCCAGCAGUACAUGGCCAUGAGCCCGCCUCAGGGCAUGCUGGGCUCGCAGCAGCCCCUCUGGGCCAACAUGCACCCGAUGGCGCAGAGCGCACCAAUGAUGCAGCAGCAUUCGUCGCCGCAGCAGAUGAUGAUGCACUCUCCCCCGGUUACCACUUCUUCAUACACGGCUGACCUCAUGUCCGCACCGGCCCCCUCCAUGUCCAGCCCAGCUUCCAGUGGUGGACCAACGAGGGCUGGGGCGGCCUUCCCGCCUCCGCAGCUGUGCACCCGCACCGGCUGUCCCAACCCAGCCAUUGAGUCCCACGACUGGGACCAGGAGUACUGCAGCAGCGAGUGCGUCGUCUCCCACUGCAGGGAUGUCUUCACAGCCUGGAUGGCACAACGACAGUCUACCAACACCUUCGUCAAAUAGAAAAGUUUGCGGCAGCACAACGACAGUAACGCCAGACGUCCUUUCCAAAAGAAGAAACGAGAGCUGAUCCACCGUGCCGAGUCAGCCUCGAUAUUUUUGUUGAUUCCGCGUCGCUCUUUCUUCGCGGGAACAACAACAACAACAGUUACGUCUUGUUUUUUUUUGUUUUUUUCUCGCUGUCCCCGUCUCUUGUGACCCCCCUUCCCGCCACUGGACCUAUACGCCCCAGUGAGUGUGUGUACACAUUUACGUUUGUACAAAGCGGUCUUCGUUUCUCCCCACAAUCGACGUCGUUGUUAACUCCACGUCGGACACGGACGCAAGAAGAAAUAUCAGCCAAGGGGGCAGGGACGCAAGUCGACGAUAAAAUGUGUCGGACAAGGUGCGACGAACUGCAAGUGUGAAAACCCGUUCUGCGUGUGUGUGUCGUCAAGCGCACAUCUAGAAGUCGUGCGUUAACUACAAGUGAUGUCUGGAACGCUAAGUGCACUCGCAUCGGACUGAACAACGACACGAGUGGGAGCGGUGUUGGUUUGUCGUCGCACCGAGAAGUGGCAAUUUUUGUGGGACGGGGGUAAAAGCAAAAAAAUGUGUGCGUGCUUGUUUGUUCUUUGGCGGUUGCAAAGAAGUGAGAUGGGUAUGAGAAAGCUAGCAUUCUUUCCCCCUGUUGUGCAAUGGCUCCUAUGAUUAUUAUACUCUCAUAGGGGUCAAAGUAGUGUAUACGACUGUUUUUUUUUUAGUUUGUUUUUCCCCUUUAUUCUUUGUUUCACCCUCCCCUUGUUGUUGUUCUUUAUUUGUUGUCGCAAAGCCGUUUCGUUUUCUUGUUUUAGGCAUACAAUUCCUGGCGCGCGCAUUUCUGGUUUAUAAUUUAAAAGAAGGGGGACGGCCUGUUGACUAAACUGGUUGCCACCAUCCUUUUCACCAAAGGGUUUGGGUGUGAAAAAUUUUUGUCUUCGUAUGUUUUGUCCUUUGUCUUAAGCUUUUGUGGGGGCUGUUUGACCAAAAGCUCAAGUGGGAUAAAUUGGAGUGUGAACUGCUGUGUCUGGUUUUUGUUCGACCUUGACUUCGAGCAUCUCAAAACCGUAUUAAGGAAGAUGAGCCUGAUCUGGCUCGCGUUUCGCGUUGCUAGGUUAAGCACAUCGGACAGCUGGUCAUUCUUUGUUUAUUCGAACAUUCCUCUUCUAUUUGGAUAGGGCAAUCAAGCAAGAGAGGUUAAUUGGGUAAAAGAAGAAGUGUCACAUUAAUUUAUUCUGGAACAAAACCAUACAAUGUAUGAAAAAUUUGGCUCCGCAUUGCGUCGGACAAACAGAAACAUUGCUGCACCAGUUUCAUCGGUGUGAUUUGUGAGAAAAAAAUAUUUACUUGCUGUACGCGCAUUUUGAAGUGCAUGAAUUUGGAAUUUGUGUCUGGUCCGAGUCAGUUCCGACAUUCGGUGGCUGUGUCUGUACAUCUCGAGCACUUUGGGUGGUGGAUUUGGUUCGCUAAGCUUUAAUCCCGCUUCGAUCCCUGGUUACCGCGCCGCUGGGAUUACCGCCCCGUUUUCGUUGCUCGGUCUUGUGAUUUUUACUUUCUCGAGUCGCUCUCCUCUCGUCUGCCUGCUUAGUUUGCAGACAGCACCCCCUUCUGUAAGAUACGGUUGUACAUAACGGGCAUCUUGUCUGCGAAAAGACGAAACAAUCCUCUGUUUGAGAUACCUGGAAUAGCCGUAGUGUUUAAUUUUGUAUAUGAACUGAAGAUGUCUUAUAUAGUGUGAGCCCCUUUUGUGAGGAACGACGCGCCUCUACUGCAGCACGCUCUUGGUCCGACCACGCCUAUUGGCCGUUUAGGAUGUUCUGUUCACUGCUCGCUUAUGUUUGCCGACUUGUCAAAAAAAUAGCUCGCGAUACAUCUCACAUCUUGAAUUGCCCACGACGUGCUUGUUUUAGGCGCGUCUAAAACUAUUGGUGUCGCGUCUCUUUCAGCCAUGUUUCGUCUAGAAUCCUUUGUGACGAAGCUAUUUUAGUCAUAUCACGGGCAUGUCAUGCUUAGAAGUAUGCGUGACAUUUUUUUAGGCAUGUUGUGCCCGUUUCACGCCUACUUUAGGCGUGGUAUGUCUAGCUUUUUUUUUUGCAAGGCCAUUUAAUUAGUGUCACGCCUAGUACUAUCCGUGAUGCUUCUUUUUUGGCAUGUCACGUCCGUUUCACACCUAAAAUCGUCUGUGGCACACCUAUUUUUGGCGUCACAAGAACAAGUAUUGGCCCAAUAUGUAUGAGACGCGCCUAAUGAGCGUGUCACAUUUAUUUUCUAUCAGGCCUAGACCUAUCCGCCAUAAGCCUUUUUGGGCAUGUUGCGUCCGUGUCACUCAUAUUUUAGGCGCGGCACGGACAGACACUGGUGUAACACGUACGUGGUGCGCCUAAGUUGGCGUUAUCUCUCAUUGUGGUCGUAACUAAAACUGAAAAGGGCUCGCUUUUGAAUGGCCACUAGGCGUGACCGGAUCAAGUGUAGGCAAAGCAAAUGCAAUUUGUGUGGACGGUUCCAAACAAAGGAGAAAAAAAAACAAAAAAAAACAACCUCCAGCAAUCACGGGGGCUGCCCAGGUUACACGUGACCUUCUAACGGGAAUGUAACGUACGUAAACAACCGAAACCGUUGUGCAAGGUGACGUACGCGGAUGUCGCCCCCGGGUAAUCAGCUAACCAGAACAGUGGACGGAUUUCGUAAAGCGUCGUUCCCGUCUGCCUGCUUUAGAAGAGGUCCCUUUUUUGGGUUCACACCGUUCUCUAACCAAAAUGAUGAAAAUUCUUGCGCAUCACCGAGAGUAUUGAUAUAGUGUUCGGAGCAGAAGCACUAUUUCGUGAUUACAGCCUGUCGGUUUGUGAACCGUUUUAUUUAAGCUCAAUAAAGACAUACUGGAAUGCAA